GGAGCCCCUGGGGCAGCAGCAGGCUUGGCUGUCGCCUUCAGCGCGGUGGGGGCUUCGGGGACGCGCUUCGGCCCGGCGCUGGCCACUCGCUUGGCUGCCGCCCGGGUGGGGACGCGGCGGGCGGGGACCGACCUGGCCUGGGGCGGCUGGAACGGGCCGAGCGAGGCGGGCGUGCCGUCACUCUGCCUUUUCCGCGUCUGCGGCCGAGACGCUGCGGACUCGGGGUCGCACGCCUCUUCAGAGCGGGUGAAAGAAUCUUGUUUCUGCGCUGUCCCUGGAAAGUGGUUUCUUUCAUAAGGGAGAGGACUCAGCGCGUUCAUCGCAGUGCGGGGAACUCGUCAAAAGUCGCGGAGCAAGCCAAGCAGUGUGACCACACCCACAGUCCCGCGCGGUGAUCACAAGUUCGGGGCCAGCUGGGACAGUUUAGCGAGCUCCUGCUUAAGGGGAGAAACAAAACAAAAGUGGAGAUACAGCUCAGUGCAGAGGUCCUGGGGUCAGGCCUCUAGGAGUGGGAAAGGCUGAGGAGCAGAAAACUAGUUCUUCAGAAUCCAUCUUGCCCUAGUUCCCUGGAGAGUCUUCGUGGAUGCCCAAAGCAGUGUGAGGAUUCCUGUUGGGACAUGAUACCUGGGAGGCUCUCCUCGGCCAGACCCUGGACCAUGUUGGAGGGAAUAAUGCGGGGUGCUGUGCGCACACCAGCCGGCCUCAGGCUCAGCAGGCUCCUCCCACAGCAAGGCCACCCCAGGCCACUCUCCAUGGGCUGUGUGGACUGCACCAAGCAUCGAGAGCCCCCUGGAAAGAAGCCCCUGUCUGAGAAGAAGCUGAAAAAGCACUUUGUGGACUGUCGGAGAGUGCUUGUCCGUGGAGGAGGCGGAGGCUCCGGCAUGAGCUGCUUCCACAGUGAGCCCCGAAAGGAGUUCGGGGGCCCCGAUGGCGGGGACGGUGGCAGUGGUGGUCACGUCAUCCUGCGAGUUGACCGGCAAGUCAAGUCCCUGUCGUCAGUGCGGUCCCAGUAUCAGGGCUUCAGUGGAGAAGAUGGCGGCAGCAAGAACUGCUCCGGCCGAGGUGGCGCUGCCCUCUACAUCCGGGUCCCAGUGGGCACCUUGGUGAAGGAGGGAGAUAAAGUCAUUGCAGACCUGAGCUGCCCGGGUGAUGAGUACAUCGCUGCACAUGGUGGCGCCGGAGGAAAAGGCAACCGCUUUUUCCUGGCCAACGACAACCGCGCGCCUGUGACCUGCACCCCUGGAGAGCCGGGUCAGGAGCGCGUUCUCCACCUGGAGCUCAAGACAGUGGCCCACGCAGGGAUGGUUGGGUUCCCCAACGCUGGGAAGUCUUCGCUCCUCCGGGUCAUCUCCAACGCGAAGCCUGCUGUGGCCUCCUACCCGUUCACCACCCUGAAGCCCCACGUGGGCAUCGUGCACUACGCCGACCACCAGCAGCUCGCAGUGGCCGACAUCCCAGGGAUCAUCCAGGGCGCCCACCAGAACAGGGGCCUGGGGCUCAGCUUCCUCCGGCACCUGGAGCGCUGCCGUUUCCUCUUGUUCGUGGUGGACCUCGCACUGCCCGAGCCGUGGACUCAGCUUGAGCAUUUAAAAUACGAACUGGAGAAGUACAAAGAAGGCCUGUCUUCAAGGCCCCAUGUGGUCAUCGGAAACAAGAUCGAUCUGCCGCAGGCCAGGGCCCAUCUGGCCCCACUGCAGGCCCACCUGGGACAGGAGGUCAUAGCCCUGUCGGCGCUGACCGGGGAGAACCUGGAGCAGCUUUUGCUCCACCUGAAAGUUCUGUACGACGCCUACGUGGAGGCCGAGUUGGGGCAGGGCUGCCAGCCGCUCAGGUGGUAGUGGGCACAGCGGCUCUGGCCCCGAGGCAGAGGCCGCAUGCCCCCCUCCCCCGCCCCGCUGUAAAACACGGGGCUUUCGAUGCCUAGGAGAACGUGCUUGUGAGAGUUCAAGAGCUGGUGCCUCUCCUCCCUGCCCUGUUGGGGUUCUGCCACUGAGGUGCCCCUCCAGCCGAGGACGCCAUGGGUGGCGGAACACUGUGUACCUGACACUGGUCUGCGCUCCAGCUCUGCACACCGGCAGCCCCGUUGACUGACUCGCGGAGGUUGACUCAUUGUGCUAAUUAACACCCGUAAUUAGGAGGAGGACCACACUGCUGGCUUCUGUCACUUGUGCUGCUCUGUACAUGUACUGCGGGGCGAGCUCUGCAGAGCAGCACAGCCAGCACCCAGCCACCUCCCCUGCACGUUAGCACCAUGACCAAGGGGCUCCUCUGCCUGCACCCUGAUCCCUCUGCGGUAGAGCCAUGGGGUCACCGUGGGGUCUCCAUGGGGUCUCUGCCCCGCAAGAGGCAUCCUGGUAUCGGGGCCAGCCAUCCAAGGGGAGUGGGCCGGCCAGCGCCUUCCCUCUCCCUCCCGAACACAGCGCUCUGCUCUGUGGGAGCCCAGUGCCAAGGCAGACUCAGCUUCACGACUGAGUGCACUCAAUAUCCGACUCCGGCGUGCUCGGCCUCUGGCUCGACUUCAGAAUGCACAAGCGAGCUGUGAACUAAAGGUGAUGUGAGCCGUGAAUGCCAGCAUUGUCUCCAGUAGGUAAGCACAGCCCGACAGGGCAGAGUAGGAGAACGGCAGGGGCCAUGUCCCCAUUAACUUGGGCUGAGCUUCCACGCAGCUCUGCUCCAUGGAAACCCUUGCCUGGGGCCAGGUCCUCACCGCGACCUAGCAGGGGCCAAGCCCGGCCACCUUCUCCAGCUCAGCCUGCAGCUCCUGCAUGCCUUGUCCAGGCAGGAGACUCCUGCUCCACGGUGAGGCUGGGUCUCUGCCCCCGCACCUCGCCAACUGGACAGCCCGCCCGAGGAGCCCAGCGCCUCUGCCUGAGAUGGAGGGACGGAAGAAAGCAGAGAAGGUGCCAUCGGUCACUGGCUUAUCCAGAAGGGUCCCAGACAGGCGACACCGCAGGCGCGCCCAAGGCAGACAUCCUUGCUGCGUGUCGGGGUUUGGCUGCUGCACAUAAUAAGCCAGCGCCUCGGCUCUCAGGAGCAAUUCAGCUUCGAUCUAGCAUCAAAUCUGCAGGCAGAACACGAGGUCCUUUCCCGGAGGCUUUAUUUUAAUGUCUUAUAAUUUCAAAGGUCCUUAUGUCCUGGAAGCCAGGGAUGGGCCUUGCAUCUGUUUGCUUUCUCUUUCAGGUCACCAUAAAGGGUUUCAUAGAGUCAAGCCCACCCUGAGAGCAUUAAUUAUCUGUGGCUUUCAUCUUGUGCUGGGCCCUGCGCUCUCUAGGGGUGGGGGAGCCCUUGCCCAUCCUCCCUGGGCCUCCAAGACCUUGCCCAUGGCUAAGCUUCGGAAUAGUGGGCAUCUCCCAGGACCCAGCCGUCCUGUACUGGGACUUCGUUGGCGGAUGCAUCACAGAUGGUGCCCAGGCUCCCCACACCUGCGGGUCAGCCAGAUCCAUGGCUGCUUUCUCCCUGAGGCUCGGUCUCCCCACACAGUUACCUGCUCCUGGCCAGUUUUGUAGUUUUUGGGUCAAGCUGUAACUCAGUAAAGUUGUUUUUAUGCUGUGC